AUGGGAAUGAACUGGAAUGGAGAGCUUCCAUGGAAAGUAGUUCAUGCUUUUGGUGUUGUGGAACCAGUCAUCACUAUGAACAAGAUGGGUAUCCUUAAACAUCUCAUCUUCUGCCUGGACAAUAGAAAACAAUGGGUAUUGGUGGAACAGGUGCCAGAAGUCCAGCUAAGAGUCUGCAGACUGCAAGAGAUUAAGGAAACCCUGCUGGUCAUGUCUGAUCACAGGGAACUCACAGAUGACUGGAGGCUGGCUAAUGUGAUGCCCAUCUACAAAAAGGACUGGAAGGAGGAUCUGGAGAACUACAGCUAUCUGGCCUUGCCUUCCUCUAGCACAGUGAAGCAAAUAUUGAAAAACAGUGUGAUUGCUUUGUUGUCCAAUGUGAAAGAUGGGCACAGGUCUAAUUUUCUGUCAGUGAAAGAACACAAAAAUUAUUUUGGUUUGUCACUUAUGGACAGAAGGCAUGGUAAAAGAACAGAUUCCAAGUGGGUAAACAAAAAGCAAAGCCAUCCAACCACAGUAUAUAUCCUCUUCUCAAAUCUGAGUCCUUUGGUUACUUUGAGUGGGGGAAUAAAGAGCUCCCAGCACUCAAAGGUUUGCAGGCUGUACCACAAGGAUGUGGAGCAUUGCAUGAACCAAACGGAAGAGGGCACCUUGAUUUUUCUUAGAGUUGAACUUGAGUUCCAUAUGAACCUGCUGGCUGCUGCAGUGGAAGAGCUGCAAGAAGAUGAAGAGGAUGGAUUAGUUGCUUCAUUUGCCCUUAGUGUAGAUUCUGCUUCUGCUGAGAAAUUUAAACAGAGGAACCAAGACUGUUGCUUUCUUCACCCACCAAUGCCAACAUUACUGCAGCUACCUGAAAAAGAAGAUGGAGUAGUUGCCCAGGCUAGAUCUGUUCUAGCACGGCACAACCACUACCAAUUCUGCCCAAUAUGCGGAAGUGCAACCAAGGCAGAAGAAGGAGCUUACUAGAAAACUUGCUUGAAAAAAGAUUGUUCUAAUCUCAAAGGUGUUCACAACACAACAUAUCCAAGAGUUGAUGAACAGUUGUCAUCCAUUUUUAAGUGCCAGCAAAAUGUAGGAAGCCUAGAAAAUAAAGCUGGUGAGGCUCUGGCUCACUUCAGUGACCCACUGGAUGUAAAAGAUACUGAAGAAAAUGGAAAAGGUCAUGAAAACAAGAAUCAGAGUAGCUCAGAUGCAUCUGAAGAUAGAGACCUCUAUAAUGUAUCAGAAAAUGAAAAAGAAAGAAAGAAGCAAAAGAACUAUCCUCCUCAAACGUUCUCUCCUGAGCAACAUGAAAUCCUAGCUACAGUAACUUUUGAUGAAUCAGAUGGCUCAUCCACAGGAAAAAUUACACUGUGGGGCAAGCCAGACUCUGUAGAAUCCAUUAGCUUGGCUAUGGGAAAAAUUACUGCAGAACUAAAAUAUGGUUCUUUUAAUGUGAAAGUAGAAAUGGAAAAUGUUUUUUUGUUUGAUUCUGAAACAAACUUUGUAGCUGAAAAAAGGAAAAGUUCAAAGAAUAAAAAAACCUAUUAUGAAAGACAAUACGAGAAAAGCCAGUGUUCAAAAUGUGCAAAGUACCAGUGUCCUUCAACUGAGCAUUCAGCAGAACACAAUGGGGAUCACAAGGGAUCCUCUAAACAUAAAAUUCAAACUGCCAUAAAGAAAAAUGCCUCCCUGAAAAUGAACAUGGAAACAAAGGAAAUUAAAUUGGAAUACACUAGUGGAAAGAAAAAUCUAAAAGUUAACAUCAAGCCUUGUGAAGAGACACAGAACAAAACUUUUAAGAGGGAUCAUGAAGAUACAUAUUGGAGUGAAACAGAUUAUUCUGUAACAGAUGCACCUUGCAGUACAGGCUAUCAGUCAUCUUUUGUCUUUCAUGACAAAGUAGACUAUUCAUUCCCAGAUGGAUGUACUCUUCUGCCUCCACCUAAAGAAUUUGCUGACUGUGACAAAAUAUAUUUAAAUACAAUUGGAGACAGCAUAUCUUUGAACCCUGUUAAUGACAGGAAGCAAUCUGACAACCUCUCAACAGUCUUGAGAAUUUGGGGGGAAGAAAAUAAUUUCUGGGAACAUAAUAAAAAGGACUAUGAAGACCACAUUAAUGAAAAGAAAGAUUUUUCAAAAGAUAAAAUACUUUUCUCAGAAAUGAAUAAUACAGAUUAUCUUGUAGCUACUAAUACCUUGAAGAACCUGAACACAGAGAAGGAUCAUAUCAGUAAAAACAAUGUAUUCUAUCACAAAAGAAAUAACUGUAACAAAUGCUGCUACACAGGGCAAAAGCCAGCAAGAAGAAAGUCUUUCCCAGAUACUACCCUUGAUGUACCAUCACCAGUUCACCCUAGAAGGGAUUCCAGCUUUUAUUCAUUGCCAUCCUUAAAAGUAUUGCCUAAAGAGACCGAAGCAAGAGAUGUCUACAACAGAAACUCACAUGUUAAUACCAGCUAUACAGAACUUUGUAAGUGUCCUGACUUGUCCCCUUCACCAAAAAGUUUGAGAGGUCUUAAGUCUUCAUAUCAGUAUGCUUUCACAUCAUUUGACCAUGGUAUUACCAUUUAUCCCUCUGAAUCUGGAGAAACCCUUGAUGACACUUGUUUACUGAAUGACUAUGCAGACUAUGUGGGGCAAAGCCAAGAAACAGAGGAAAUUUUAAUAGAGACUCCUCAUUCCAGUCAUACUACAAAUGAAGAAAAAGAGAGAGGUCAUGCAGAGCAUCUGACAAACCUAGGCAUAUGGGAGGAAGACUCUGAGUCUGCUGUAAAUGCUUUAGAUAAAGGGACAUCCGAGUACAACCAUCUAGAAAAGUACAUUGAGUUGCAGAAUGAAGUUCAGCUGGUACAAGUGUAUCCACAUUCUAGAGGCCCUUUCGGUGAAUUUUUUCAUAAUAAGGAAGGUACUACUUUUGCAUCUACAGCAAGUGCCCCAAAUCAUCUUUCAGCUUUACAGCAAAAUUUUCACCCAUCUCCUGCAGAUUCUGAGGUAACGAAAAAAAGGAGGGGGUCAGUGAUGACUGUGAUCACUGGAGAAUUAGAAAGAAGACUCAUCCAAGGUGACACUAAAUUGAUACCUGAUUCCUUUGUCUCUGCAGUAAGAAAAGAGCCUAAUCUUUCCUGUAGUAGACAAGAAAAUUCCUUGCUGUCACCUUUGCUAUUAGAUCCCAAGGAGCAUGAUAUAAAUAAUGAAUCAGAAAGCUCUUCUGAGAUAGAAGAUGUAUCUGGAAACACCCUUGUUAAAUCCAAUUGCCAAAAUGAUUCAGCACAGGCUGCCAUAUUAUCUAUCUCUUCAGCAAAUACAGAAAAGAAAGAGAAUUUCACAGAAAGUUCAAAUGUCAAGGAAAGUCUGGACAACUUUUGCAGUAAACAGUCAAAUGAUGACAGCUUAAGGAGAGAGCCUGAAGCACAUGAGCUACCUCAGUUAGUCAAAUCCAACUCUGCUGAAGUUGAGAAAAAGACUGAAAUGAAAGAAGAUUGUCAUCAGAAUGCAGAUAGUCCUCCUUCAUCAGUAAAACAGAUUAGUCAGAAAGUAAAUUCAGAGGACGCUCGGUCAGUAGAUCUGGGACUAUAUUCUGAAAACGAGGACAGAGGUUUUUACACAGAAAACUUUCAUUCUGCUUCCUGGGUUUUCAGAGGAGAUGAUGUCUCUCCAGAUAACAGUCCUAGAUGUCUCAGCAAAAGGCCUAGACCAGUGGCAAUUCGUGAAAGACUGGUGAAGAUUGCUAAAGGCACUGGCAACUACCCUUGGGGUUUCAGGAUCCAGUUCUCAAAGCCUAUCCUUGUGACUGAAGUUGACACAAACAGUGCAGCUGAAGAAGCAGGUCUUCAGGUUGGGGAUAUUCUUAUAGCAGUCAAUGGGACUGAUGUCACUAACAUGCCACAUUUAGAAGCUGCCAAUCUGGCAAGGAAAGGUCCUGAUAUCUUGACUAUGGUGGUAGGAUCAGAUAUUAGCCGUUACCCUAACACCCCAAGACCUACUUGCCGAGGAUAUUUGCACAAACGAACACAGUCAGCAAUAUUGAAGGGCUGGAGAAAGAGGUGGUUUGUGCUGAAGCAUAAUGGCUACCUACACUAUUACAGAAACAAGAAGGAUGAAGGGAAGUGCAGACCCCUGGAAGUAACAAAGUUGGAAGGAGCAGAAAUUGGUGUUGAUACCAGUCUGGGUAAACCAUUUGUUUUUAAAUGCAUACCUCAAAGUGGAAACAGAAUUUUCUACUUCUGUGCAACUUCCAACCAAGAAAUGAAGAGGUGGCUGGAAGCUAUGGAAAAAGCAGUGCAUCCUGUCCAUCAGAACCACGUGUGGGUAGAUGUCACACUGCAUAACACUACACUUCCACCCUUGGCUAUCAAAAACCCAGAGUGCCUGGGGCUUCUCCACCAGCUGGACAGAAGCAAAGACAUCUGGACUCAGCACUACUGUGUUCUGAAGGAUGGCUGUUUGUACUUUUAUGCCACUCUCCGCUCUACACCUGCCCAAGGUGGCCUUUACCUACAGGGAUAUAUUGUGAGCGAACAGGCUCUGGGCUCCAAGAGAUCUGUAAUUGAACUCAAACCUCCAUCUGAAGAAUUUAAAACUUUCUACCUAUGUGCAGAGAAUGUAAAUGAAAACAAAAGGUAA